GGAGAGGGGAUGGAGUGGUGGACUGGUGGUUGUUCGGGGGAUGUGGUGGGAUGGGGUUUGUCGUGUGGGUUUUAAUUUUUUUUAGUUUUUUUACUUUUAUUUUUUAUUUUUUUUGGUUUAUGCUAAUUAUUUAACUUUUUUUUAAAAAAAUUUACCUGUAUAGGAGGUUAGCAAUCACUAUGAUUUACUCUUGGCAAAUAUGUCUUAAAGUUAAGAUUAUUAAUGGUUAAAGGUUAAUUAAUAGUUAAGAUUAUUAUAGGAAAAUCAUGUAAAGGUUGCCAAUAUGAGUUAUUCCUUUAACACACUUGCCAUUGAUUAUAGAUUAUUAUUAAUUUUGGUUGAGUGCACUUAACUUAGAUGUAAUGGCUCGUUUUCUAUAACAACGAGCAAUUACUAAAAUUAAAUUAAAAAGCAACUUAAUAAUCGCCCCUGUUAGUAACAUUAGACGAUUAGUAGACUAAUUUUUGUUGACUCAGUUUAAGUAAUCGUUUGCUAUUAGUAACAACGAAUAAUUCAUUAGAGACACUUAUUUUGAGAAAUAAAAUUAUCCAAAAAGCUCAUUUUAACAAUUUUUUUAGAAAAAAAAUUAUUUUGUUCAAUUUUUCAAUUUGGAAUAAAUUCAAAUAGAUUCGAACUUGCUAAGUCACUCACUCACUCUAAUUUCCCAAUUCCCAAAGCAAUUUCGUUCUUCAAAGUAAAGAGAAAUUGAUUUGGUGGCGCCAAUCCUUGAUUGAUACUUGUUUAGGGUUUCCGUACUCCCUAUAUUUUUUUUUUUGAAUUAUUUCAUAGUGUUAGAGAAUCAAGUCCUGAAUCAAUAAUCUAUAAUCAAUGGCGAGUAUGUUGAAGCAGCUACGAAAUUCAUUCACACUAACGCCGCAUAAAGUGUCAGUUUGUAUUCUGAUUCAAAUGUAUGCAGCUCCUGCUAUUUUUCAUAUUCCUGAACAUUUUUCUUCUAUUUCUCAUCACAAUUCCUUCGCCGUCUUUCUCGUUGCUUUGAUUAAGUCGUAUGAUGACAUAUUGGAGCCAAAGCUAGAUGAACUUAUUGGCCAACUGAGGGAAAUUGGUGGAUUGCUUGACCAAAGAUUAACUUCUAAAUUGUCAUCAUUAGUAUCACCUGAUGACUUGUUUAACUCUUUUGGUGAACUGCAAGGCAUCCUGGGGGGCUCGGACUCUAGUGUUCUAGAAGAUGAUCAGAUUACUCUGGACCCUAGCAGCAACCUUGGAUUGUUUUUACGUCGAUGUCUACUUGCAUUUAAUGUACUAUCAUUUGAGGGACUAUGCCGACUGCUGUCAGAUAUAGAUUCAUACUGCAAAGAAGUACUUUCUGCUUCUCCAAAUUUUGAUUUGACUCGUUUGGAUGGUUUUCAUGAUGAAUCUGAAAGUUUACUGGAAUAUGAGAACAUGGACUUGGAUACUCUAGCUUAUCACGAAGUCAGAGAAGAAGCUGAAACAAGUAAAAGAUCUGGUACAGGAAUUUCAUUCCAUUUACAUGUGCCAAAAGUUCUUGAUGAGCUGGUUGAAGGUGUUGAGGUGUCCAUGCCACUGAAAGAUGGUGCUAAAUCUAGAGCGGUAAGCUCCUCUAAGUUCCCCGAUAGUGAUGCAUUGGAUAAAGUUGAUGCCGAUGCUGGUACAUUUUUGCGUGCAAAUGGGCAAAUGCAUGGAUAUUUGCUACAACGAGCUGGCGAGAUAGAAAAGCAAGGAAGUUCAUUUCCUCUAAAUGCUCUUGAAUCUGUUUUGAAGCAACUUCAUAAACUGGCUCCUGAGUUGCAUCGAGUCCAUUUUCUACGCUACUUGAAUAUGUUGCAUCAUGAUGAUUAUUCUGGUGCUUUGGAGAAUCUUCAUCGUUACUUUGAUCUUAGUGCAGGGAUGGAGAGUUUUGAUCUUUGUUCGUCUUCGAUCGAUGGUGAAUGUGUCGGGAAAUUCGAAAUUGCGUUGUUGUGCUGUGGAAUGAUGCAUGUUCAUUUUGGCCACCCUAAAUUAGCUAUAGAAGCUUUAACAGAAGCAGUCCGUGCCUCUCAAGAGCAUAGCAACGAUGCAUGCCUUGCUUAUACUUUGACAGUCAUGUGCAACCUGUUGUCUCAAUUUGGUGUAACUAGUGCUUCAAGAAUAUGUGGAUCAUCGUACUCACCAAUGACCAGCAUUGGUUCUUCUUUGACCAUCCAUCAACAAUUAUAUGUUCUGUUAAGAAGAGCCCUUGCUAGAUCAGAAAGUCUAAAGCUGACCCCGUUACUGUCUGCAAACCAUCUAGCAAUUGCUAAAUUCGAUAUGAUGCAUGUCCAAAGACCUAUGCUGUCUUUCGGUCCCAAAGCAUCUGUUAGCCUUAGGACACGUCCUGCUGAUGUUUGCCGGGAACUGAGGUUAAGCUCUCAUGUGGUUAGUGAAUCCACUAGUGAAGAUCCUACUGUGACUCGUGAUGGUGAUUUUGCUACUGCAUGGCUUAAGCGUUCAACUAAGCGUAUGGGUCCUUUAAUGAUAGACCCUGAAAAUGAAUCAGGAAUUGAGCGUAAUACAUUUGGGUUUUGUUCCCAGCAGAGCUCCAUACCUAAGUCUGUGAUGCAACAACUUGGUUCUUCAUAUUUACUUCGUGCUACAGCAUGGGAAAUGUAUGGCAGCUACUCACUUUCCAAGAUAAAUGCCCUAGUUUAUGCCACUUGCUUUGCUGAUGCUUCAAGCUUGGAUGAUCUUGCCUUAGCUUGUGUAAAGCUUGUCCAAAAUCUUGCUGCAUAUAAGGGCUACAGGGAAGCAUAUGUUGCAUUCAGAACAGUAGAGGAGAAGUUCCAUGUGAUCUCAAAAUCACGAGUUUCUCUUUUGAAACUUCAGCUUUUCCACGAGCAUGCGUUGCAUAGAGGAAAUUUAAAGCUUGCUCAACAAGUAUGUGAUGAGCUUGGUGCUUUGGCAUCCCCUGUUACUGGUGUCGAUGUGGAUUUAAAGACUGAAGCUAGCCUGCGCCAAGCUCGGACAUUGCUAGCUGCAAAUCAGUUUAGCCAGGCAAUGCAAGUUGCACACUCCCUCUUUUGCACAUGCUACAAGUUCAAUUUGCAGGUUGAAAAUGCAUCAAUUCUACUAUUACUAGCUGAAAUCCACAAGAAAUCAGGAAAUGCUACUUUAGGCCUCCCAUAUGCCUUGGCAAGUAUAUUCUUUUGCCAAACAUUCAACUUGGAUCUUCUCAAAGCAUCUGCAACACUCACGCUGGCUGAGCUGUGGCUUUCAUUUGGAGCAAGUGAAGCUCAAAGUGCUCUUUCACUCCUUCAUGGAACUUUCCCAAUGAUUCUUGGCCAUGGAGGUUUGGAGCUUCGUGCACGGGCGCACAUUAUAGAAGCUAAAUGUCAUCUAUCUGAUGCUAGUUACUCAGUGGGUCAAGCACCAGAGGUAGUGCUCACUCCUUUAAAGGAAGCCUGUAAAGAGCUUGAACUUCUGGAGUAUCAUGAGUUAGCUGCUGAGGCUUACUAUCUAUUGGCUAUGGUCUAUGACAAAUUGGGUUACUUCCCCGAAAGGGAAAGUACUGCAGCCUCCUUUAAGAAUCAUAUCAUUGCUUUGAAAACUCCUCAAGAUUCGGAGGAUGAUAUUUUGAACAUGAAAUAGACGAGCACAAGCUCCGACAGUACUCUGGUAUUUUCAUUUCUGAAAGCAUAAUCUACUCUGAUACUCGAGAACAAACAGUUGGCAAAAGUCUCAUCUGAUUGCAAGGUGCUGAACAUUGAACCUCAUAAAGGAAACACAAACACAGCUCUGGACAUUGUAGCGGUAUCACAGUUGAUAUAAUGUAGAGGCGGGAACAUCGAACCCUUUUGGGUGGUUCUACCUCCAAUCAGGAGCAAAGUGAGUUUGUAAUUAGCAUUGUGAAGAUUCUUAAAUUCGAUGUAGUUCAGUACAACUUACGCAAUAUCCGGCUUAGAGUAUUCAUCAUUUAUGUACUUCCUAGAUAAGUGAUAUUCUGCUCAAGUUUGCAGUUGAACAUGUCAAUUAAGCUAAAGAUGUGAAGUUUCCUUUAUUUUGUCAGAGACAUUGAAACAAAUAUUGAAGUGGUUGAUUAAGUUUCAACCUAUUUUCUUUUUCUCAUUAACAAACUGGUUUUUUUUUUUUUUU